CUUACGUGAUCAUGGAUUCCUCUCCCUCCAAUAUUAGAUUUGCUUUGUUGUGGUUGGUAUGUAUAAUCAUGUUCAACUCAGUUAUGUGCAGUUUGAAAGUUCACUGCAACGUGAAGGACAUGAACACACUCCUACUCUUCAAACAAAGAGUCAUAGAUCCUUGAGACACGCUCUCCUCUUGGUUCACUGAACAAGAUUGUUGUCAGUGGACAGGAGUUCAGUGUGAUAAUAUCACGGGCAGAGUUACAGAGCUAAAUCUUCCUUGUCAUACAAAUCACUCUGUAGUCAUUGCUUAUGGAGAGAAGGACGACAAAUCACACUGCCUAACAGCCUUUCAUCCUUGCAAUAUCUUAACCUCGAUGGCAUUGAUCUUCACAAGGAAAUUUAUUGGCUUCGGUCAGUGGCCAUGCUUCCUUCACUUGUAGAGUUACACUUGCAGAGCUGUCAACUUGAAGACAUCCAUCCAUCUCUUUAGUAUGCUAAUUUUACUUCACUUCAAGUUUUAGAUCUCGCUGAUAAUCAUUUUAUAUCUGAGUUGCCUAGUUGGUUAUUCAAUCUUAGUUCUCACAUCUCCCAUAUUGACCUUAGCCAAAAUCAUAUACAUGGCCAGCUAUCUACAAUAUUGCCAAAUCUUGGAAGCAUCAAAUCCUUGGUUUUCACAUAAUAAUCUUGUUGGACCCAUUCCAGAUUGGGUAGGGCAACUUGAACAACUUCAAGAUCUUGAUCUUUCUUAUAAUUCAUUUUCUGGUCCAAUUCCCACAAGUUUGGGAAAUCUAUCAUCCUUGAUUGAAUUGUAUCUCUUUUCAAAUCACUUGAAUGGAAAUCUUCCAGAAAGUCUGGGGCAACUCUUCAAUUUGAAGGCCAUGACAGUUGGUGAUAAUUCCUUGACAGGAAUUGUGACUCAAAGAAAUCUACUAUCUCUUUCAAAUUUAAAAUACAUUUCCUUGAGCUCGCCAACCUUGAUAUUUGAUUUUGAUCCUGAAUGGGUCCCUCCGUUUCAACUUCAACGUAUUGAGUUGGGAUAUGUGGGUGGCAAACUUCCUUCAUGGCUAUUUACACAGAGUUCUCUCAAAAGUCUAACCAUUAGACACUCAAGUGCUUCAUUUGAACCUCUUGACGAGUUUUGGAACUUUGCUACUCAACUUGAAUAUCUGUUUUUACACAACAACACAAUCAAUGGGGACAUGUCAAAUGUGUUGCUAAACUCGACAUUUAUUUCCUUGAUUUCCAAUAAUUUGAGAGGUGGCUUGCCUCGAUUAACACCAAAAGUGACCUCUUUGAUUUUAUAUAACAACUCUUUAACCGGAUCCAUUUCUCCUCUAUUGUGUCACAAAAUGGUAGAAGAAAGCAAUUUAUUUUAUUUAGAAAUGAGCAAUAAUCUUUUAUCUGGAGAACUCACAGAUUGUUGGAAUGACCGGAAAUUGUUGUGUCAUGUUGGUUUGGGGAAGAAUAACCUAACAGGCAAGAUUCCUCACUCUAUGGGAUCCUUGUCUAACCUCAUUUCAUUGGAUUUAAGUAGCAAUAAAUUCUUCGGAGAAGUACCUUUGUCACUAAAAUAUUGCCAGAAUCUUUGGAUCCUCAAUCUAGGUGAAAAUAACUUCUCUGGAGCUAUACCAAACUGGAUGGGGGGGAGCGCAAAAGCUCUACGACUGAGGGCGAAUCAAUUCAGUGGCAAUAUCCCCACACAAAUAUGCCAACUUAAUUCACUAAUGAUCAUGGAUUUUGCAAACAACACAUUAUCAGGACCAAUACCCAAUUGUCUCCUUAACUGCACAGCCAUGCUUUCUGAUGAACAUGCUUCAAUUAGUAAGCUCGGCAUUACUGUUCAAGUAACUGGUUACAGACCAGUAGACACUGUUUUCGUUAUUAGGAUGCCCAUAAAAGGCAAUGAAUUAGCAUAUGUGAAUUUUAUGUAUGCUAUUGAUCUUUCAAGCAACAAUUUGUCUGGAACAAUGCCUUUAGAGAUUUUCAUGCUGACUAGAUUGCAAUCAAUGAAUUUGUCCCAUAAUCAAUUAGUAGGGACGAUACCAGAUGAAAUUGGAAACUUGAAACAAUUGGAGUCCAUUGAUCUCUCAAGUAAUCGUCUUUCAGGACAAAUUCCACAGUCCAUGUCUGGUUUAUCUUUUCUUGGUAUAUUGAACGUGUCUUUCAACAAUUUUAUGGGCAAAAUCCUAUUGGGGACCCAACUUCAAGGUUUCACAAAUCUUGGUUAUAUAGGUAAUAAUAAAUUAUGUGGACCUCCACUUACCCAGAUCUGCCCACAAGAUGAAAAAUCGCAUAAUACAAAACCGAUGGGAGAAGAUCACGAUGAUAAUGAUGAUAGAUCUGUAGUAUCUUCAUGGUUCUACAUGGGCUUGGGAAUCGGAUUUGCAUCGGGAUUUUGGGGAGUUUUUGGUCUCAUAUUAUUCAACAGGACAUGCAGACAUGCUUAUUUCAGAUUUCUUCACCGACUGUACACCAUGGUGAUUCAAAAGAUGUGUUCCCUGUAUUGAAACCUAAGAGAUUGCAACUGUGGUCCUUGAUGUCUAUGUUUCGACAAGUUAUUAAUUUCACCCAGAGGUUUUACAAGAGGCCACAAGGUUGCUUUUGUUAUUGAAGAUAUACAAAUAAGAAAAGUGACAUGUCAGUUCUUGUUUUUAUUAAGUUGUAUCGUUGGAAACACCUCUAUUUCAUCUGUAGAAUU